AGAGUAUAUAUAAGCACAUCUGUCCAGAACAUUACAUUCAAACUCAGAAUCUUCUCACUGUAGCGCAGCUGAACUCACAUCUCCUGUGAACAUGUCCUACAACUGUUGUUCCAGAAACUUCUCCUCCUGCUCCCUUGGGGGCCACCUGCGCUACUCAGGCUCCUCCUGUGGCUCCUCCUUCCCCAGAAACCUGGUCUACAGCACUGAUCUCUGCCCUCGAAGCUCCUGCCAGCUGGGCUCUUCUCUCCGCAGUCAAGAGACCUACUGUGAGCCCAUCAGGACCCAGACGUUCCGUGUGGUGUCCCGUCCCUGCCAGACGUCCUGCCGCCGUCGGAGGACCUCCACCUUCUCCAGUCCCUGCAAGACGACUCACCAUGGAUCUCUGGGCUGUAAGUCCAGCAGCUGCAGCUCCCCGAGCUCUGGAUCCAGAAGGAGCUACUCAGUGGGCUGUGGAUCCCGUGUCUUCAGACCCCUGGGCUAUGGAGUCUGUGGCUUCCCUUCCCUGGGCUGUGGAUCCCGAUUCUGGCACCCAAUUAAUUUUCCCUGCAGAAGUUUCCAUUAAUCUUGCUACUUACCAACCUGUAGAUCUGGCUUCUACUGAUUAACUUGUAGAGGAGCCAAAUUCAUUUGAGAAAUUUAGAUUGUGUACCCUAAUUAUCUGCUAUCUUAAUCUGCUCCAUUGAAAAGUAUUCUAGUAUUUCCUGAUCACUGGCAAUUCUUUACCUUUCUAACCCUUAGACUGGGGAGAUAAAUUCACACUGUCAACCUACAAAGUUAAUAAGAAAUUCAAAUUGAAUGGUAGAUAGAAUUUACGGUUUUGCACUUCUCCCAAAG